GGAGCUCCGCCGCUCGCAUGGAGACCGGCCGAGCCGCCGCCGGGCCGGGCCGGGCCGGGCGGGGGCGGGAGCGUGUGCGUGUGCGCCGCGCCGGGCCAGGGGCAGGCAGCCCGCGAACGGUCUCUUUUGCCUCCGGCAACUGGAUAACUCACCCAGUGUCGGUCGCCUGGAGGUGACCGAAGCCGGCUGCUUAAAGCGCCCUGCAUCGACCAGACCCAGGGGACUUCAUUACUCGAUGCUUCCCAGGUAACUCGGGCCCUGCUUAGCAGUAAAAUCCAGCUUCAGUGCAGCCAGUCCAGUCAACAGCUGGGCCCGAGCCUGGACUGCUGACUUCCAAGAUCUCACUGGAUAAUUGACACCUCUCCCUCCUUUGCAGAAGCAGAAACACCCAAAGCUGGUGAAUUAAAAUCUCCGAGCUGUUUAAUGAGCCUGGAUUUUGCUGAGCCCACUGUUAGGCUGUCAACCUCUGCUUCAGUAGCAAUUUCUCCUUCCUGGAGAGCUGUCGCUAGCAAUGCGGUGACGGGUGCAUUAAUCCUCAGCAAGAAGCAGCAAUCUAGCGCUGUCAUCGUUCUGCAGCACAGGCCUUCCCAAAGUCCUGCGGUUGCACCGACGACGGAGUCAUGGUGUUUACCGUCACAUACAAGAGCUGGUGCGUUACCAGUGCCCUCUAUUGGGCACUAUUCUGCACAUGCUGAUUUACAUAUAAACCUCAUCCCAAGGAGAUUCCCCUUCCCCUCCACGCACAGGAGUCCUACCCCUACAUACGCCCGGGGACUAGCCGGCAAAUCCAUCCCCGCACACGGGAGCCGGUAUUGCAGAGUGCACGACAAGCAGAGUAAUGAAUGGCCGGGUGCCGCUAGCUGAGAAAGCCUUAUCCGAAAGCUAUGCCAGGCUGCGAUACAGAGACACCUCACUACUUAUCUGGCAGCAGCAGCAGCAGCAGCUGGAAUCCGGCCCCCCGGCUACCUAUUUAAGUCGGAGCCGGAGCAUGUGGUACUCACAGUACGGCAACGAAGCUAUCCUGGUACGGGACAAGAACAAACUCGAUGUCUCCAGAGAUACCGGGCAGUCCAAGUUUUGCACAGUUAUGUAACUGGGGUGGCUGAAUGCCAGAUAGCUGCAUGCAGCGAACACAUGAAGGAGCCCGCUGGAAGCCUUGGGCAUGUUUUCUUCAAAUUAAAAAAAAAAAAAUGGUGGUAGCUUUAAGUGUGUUCCACUCCACUACUGCUGCCUCCCACGUGAUGGGGAACAAGCUACCCAAGUCGACACAAGGGAAGAACAAGCAAAUUACCUUCCCUGCAAGCAAGACUGUGUGUGCCUGGUACCCACAUCCAUGUGGCACUUGCAUAAAUAUUUCCAUAAGGGAUGAUUUAUCUGAAAUAGUUAGACUUAGUGCAACCCACUAGCACGGAUGCAUGUUUGCUGGUAUAAAAGCGCUUUACACUGGCAGAGCUUUCUUUCCCUUACAGGAAUAGCUUUUCCAGUAUAAGCACUUGAUACUAAGAUAACAGCACCAGUAUUAAAGAGGAAGAGGGAUUGUAUCCUUUUAACUCUAUCAUUAAGGUGGUAUGAGUUGUGCGUGUAGAUUGGGUCUUCAUUUACUAAACCUGCAAGGAUGUUUGAGAGGUUUGAAUUUAUUUUCCCCAUUGAUGCCACCCCUAGCUCAGACUUUUAAUUGAGCUUGUCUAGGAGGAACGCAAUCUAGUCGGGUCCUCACCUAGACUAGGUGCACGGGCAUCAACACUAAGGGCCUGGGGGAAGCAAACAGAUCACCCUUCUAAAUGGUGAUGCACCCUCAGAGCCCAAAGCUUCCUCUGGGCUUACUCCUGCCAAUACAGAGGUUUUCCUUAUUUCAGGAAGUUUUAGAAACUUUCAGAAAGAUUGUAUUAACAUUGCCUUUGGUGCGAUCAUAGGAAGUGAGGCUGGAAGGUCCACCCCAAGCUCUUCGUUUUACUUGUUUUUAUGUUUCGACUUGGCUGCCAAAUCAAAAUACCACUUAUUCCACCCUCCUAACUGGCCCUGCACAGGGGUGCAACGCUUAGCACAUACACUAGUGACUGGGGGACGGAGGUUCACAUGACAGCGGAAGGCAGCCGCGUUGCGUUGUUUUCCACGUGACAGUAUGUUUUCCCCCAUCACUUAGCGUAAUACUGUUGUGCUGUUUGUCACAGCAGAUUUGGUGGUAAGGUUGAUAUGGCAUGAGAGUUUCUGUGUGUCUGUUAUAUAGUGUGGACUCGCUUGUUUUAACUGCUGUUGUCAUUUCCUGAUGAAAUAAAGUGACUGGAAUGCA